AUGGAUUUCAUGGCUCCAAAGUAUGAGCCUCCCAAACACCACAACUGUUCGCUGGGGAUGGAGCCCAGCUAUAGCAAGCGAAGGGACCAAGCGCGUGCAUAUUCCCAAUGCAAGCGCUUAGAGAUCGCCUUUGACUCGGUUUUUAAGGACUUUGAGCCCAACAUGAGCUACAAGUACAGCGCCAUCGUGCGUGCACGACCGGAUGCAAUUUAUUUAACCACUGUGCCACCACUCUCGAGCUUCAAUCUGUCGAGAUUUACAUUCUCCACUGGAGCAGUCUCGGACCACUGGCACGUGGUGGGACGCGGUUGUCCGUUGGUUUCACCCUACUGCAUUCACUGCCAAGACCACUGGCCACAGCAGUUGGAGACCCGUUGCCACGUCUCCCCCGAGACGGCAGUGCUGGACUCGCGCGUGCAGCUGGCGGUGGCACGGGAGCGCGUGCGGAGAAGGCCCACGAGGCACUUCAGAGCGGGGCUUUUCUUAGAUGUGGAAUGUGGACGCUGGAAGGUGCGCCUCACCAAGUAUGCGCCGCAGACCUACCAACGUGUUCGUGGCAUGUGCGACGCUGAAGCGCUGAAGUUCCUCCGUGUGGAAGAUGGCCCGACGUUGCUCAGCUGCCCCGAGAACCGACCCUUUAAGGAGUGCUCGGUGGACUGGCGAGGCCAACGUGCGGUGGGACACAUGCGUGUUCGGAUAUCCGUGGUGAUGGAGGUGAUUUCUUGGCAUGAUGUUUCUGCCGUGAUGCUGGAGUUGCAACGCUUUGGACAGCCCUUCUGGGGCCACUUCCGUCGAAAGAAGCUGAAGCUCCCCGAGACCAGCAUGAUGCCCUACGGCCUUCAGAUUGUCGACACGCCUGGCAUGAUCGACAUGCCGGUGAAGUCCGAGUCCAUGGCCGGAGGCAGAGGCUACAACUUCUUAGAAGUUGUUCGGUGGUUCGCGAAACGUGCAGACCUCAUCCUGCUGCUCUUUGACCCGGACAGGCCUGGCACCACGGGUGAGUCCUUGGACGUGCUCACACGCUCCAUGGCGGGGUUGGACCACAAGUUUGUGAUCAUCCUGAAUAAGGUGGACCAGUUGGAUAGCAGCGUGGACUUCGCCCGUGCCUAUGGGACACUGGGCUGGGCACUCUCCAAGGUGAUCCCCCGGAAGGACAUCCCACAGAUCUACACCAUGUACAAUGCAGGUGUCGAGCAAGAGAACGGGGUGCGGCAGCACAAGCUACCGUUGGAGGCCUUCCGGCAGAAGCGUGAGGAGGUGGUGGCGGAGGUGCUCCGAGCACGGACCCGCCACUGGGACAACGUGAUCACCGACACCCUCCGGCAACUGGAGAUGGUUUGUACCGUGGCGAUGGCUGUGCGGCACCGCGUGCGGAGGCGUUGCCGAAAUGCCUUUCAAUUGCGAUGCGUUGAGGACCGUCUGGACGGUUCCAUGCCCAACGAGCAGGAGCAGUUGACGGAUUUUCAGCUUGACUCUCCCAGCUUGCCGGCACUGGUGGCAGGAAAGUUCAUCCACGACAAGUGGCCAGGCCAACGCUCUUUGCACCUGGGUACUGGUCUCAGCAUCCAGACAGGCAUCCUUUCAGCUGCAGCAGUCUUGUCCUUGGGCGUGGCGCGCUUCAUCUGCGAGCGCCCUCCCACCCUGCGUUCCCCACCCAAAUCGAAGCCACUGGGUGUUCGAAGUGCCACUGAUGCCCGGGCCCGUCCCAGCCUUCCGAUCCUGAUGUGCAGCUGUGCUCCCACUGGGCCAACGCCUGUGGGCGGCGCCACGCCGGGGGGCGAUGGCAGUGGAGCCAGCUAUGAGAGCUUUGUCACUGCACAACUGGAGAUCCUGCGUCAGAACUUGCUUCAGCACUAUGAGACUGAGAUGAGAGGACUCUCCAAGCCCUUCUUGCGAUCAGCCACGGAGGGCGAAAGCAUUGGCGUGGCGAAUCUUGAAGUGUGCGGCGAUGGCGCGGAGGAAGAGGAGGAGGAGGAAGAGCCUGUGCCUUUCCGCUGGCUUGAAUUGACCGCGCGUGUGUUGGAAGCGUCCGAGGCUGAGGUGGAAGAAGCCUUUGGUGGCUGGGCCCUUGAAGAGCUGCGCAUGCGGCCAGUUUGGAGCAUCUCACUACAGGACCUACGUCGCCGCAGCCGUCCCCGGAACUUCCGCACGAAGCUCACGAACGAGAUCAUCACCAUGAAGAUGAAUGCUCCGAUGCGUGAGGCGGCGACAGUGCUUCAGGGCUUGGUGUUGAAGCCCAAUAGCUGGCAGCAACUUCUGUGGACCACCAUCGGCGCUUUGCUGAUUUUGUGGGAUUUGAUCACCAUCCCCUUGGGCUUCUUCAACCUGCCCCAGUUCUUGGACUUCCUCACCAUCUUCGCCCGAGUCUCCUUCGCCUACUGGAUCAUCGACAUGCCUCUGCAUGUGAUCUUCGGCACAGAGAUCAACGGGGCACAGGAGUUGAGACCUAAGAAGUUGCUGAAGAUGUACCUACGUUCCUGGUUUUUGAUUGAUCUGAUGAUCAUCAGCAUCGAUGCGGUCAUUAUUAUUCUGGAAGUAUUUCAGGAGACCAGUGACGAGUUCUCCAUGUGGCGCUCCGCGCGCUUCUUCCGCGCCCUCCGCCUGCUGCGGCUGCUCCGGCUGCUGCGCGUGACGAAGCUCCAACAAGAGGUGAUGGUUGUGGCAAACCGUUUUCUCUCAACGAACGCUUUCUUGGUACUCAAGAUCGGCGGGGGCAUCUUCAUGAUGCUCAUCACGAAUCACAUCAUCGCGUGCUGCUGGUUCGGUGUGGGCACCUUCGGGCGUGAAGAUGGACAUGGCUGGUUGGUCAACUUCCAGAUGAAUGAAAACACAGACUUCCCCGAGUCCUACGCGGCGGCGCUCCAUUGGUCGCUGACACAGUUCACCCCGGCCACGAACAACAUCGCACCGGACAACGUGACCGAACGCAUCUUCGCUGUGGUCGUGAUCCUGGUGGCUGUGAUCAUCUUCAGCUCCUUCAUCGCCUCGAUCUCCAGCACUUUGAACGCCUUGCGCGUCUCCCGCGUGGCGCACUCCAAGCAGUAUAUGAACCUCUUCCAGUUCUUCAAUGAGAGGAACCUCUCCGUGAAUCUUUAUGGAAAGGUGAAGGAGGUGCUCCGGACCGAGAACCUGACCAUGCGGAUUCAAGAGAAAGAGGUGGGACUCUUGGACAAGAUCCCGGAGCGUUUGAAGAUGCAGCUCCACAAUGAGAUCUACAUGCCUUUCUUGCUCUCCCUGAAGAUUUGGCCCCGUGGAGACAUCGAUGAUAUCCAGUACAUCUACAGCAAUGUGUGCCACCGGGCCAUGGUCGAAGGCUAUGCCUCGCCUGGGCAGGAUGUUUUCAUGCCUGGCACGGAUUGCCGGGACGUCUACAUCUUGGAAUCGGGUCGCAUGCUCUAUCUGGCACGCCAAGAGCACAACGACGAGGAAGCACCUUUUGUGGUGCUCCAACAGGAGAAUCUCUGUGUUGCGUGCUUGUGGACCGAGUGGCACCAUCGCGGUCGGCUGAGCGCGGGUCAAGGCAUUGGCUACUACAUCCAGGUGCAAUGUGAUGCGUUUGGGCAUCUGGUGGUGAAGUUCGGCGGACCCUUGUGGCGCUUCCUGCAGAUUUUCGGGAUUCUAUUGGUCAGUGAGCUGGAGUUCCUCCAAGAUAUGGGCGAGCCAGUCUCCGACCUGGGUCUUCCUGAGGAUCGCAUGAGCGAUUUGGCGACGCGUGCCGAGCGCUUUGAGCAAGUGUUGGUGCCCAGUGGAUCUCCUCGAGGCGCCUCGGUGCGUCCGGAUGGCUUGUCCAGGAUUAUCAGCAUUACCAGCAGCAAGACGAAGUCCACAUCGGCUGAGCGCUUUAGUGAGGAGAGACUGUGACCACAGAUCGCGAAAGCUGCGGUCAGUGGCGGGUGCUUGGUGCAACGAUGUGCAACCGGUGAUGGCGCGUUCUGCUUUUUGAGUUCCCAC